GUCGGAGCCGCGCGCGGACUGGAGCUAACAGUCGCUGGAGCUGGAGUCACGUAACGGUCGUGUUUUCAACCGUUUCCAGCACCUGCGGACAAGUGGCGAUGUACGGGGUCGAGCGACAUUAAAUAACUCGACGCAUCUGCUUCCGUUCCUCCAUGUCUAAGUCGUUAAAUCACGGUUAAGUCGCCAUUUUGUGAAAUCGUGUACAAAUGUCAUCUCGGCUCCUGAAAGUAACGGUUCGUCCGUGUUUUCCCGCCGCCUCCUCAGCUCGCAGGGAGCAGUGGGGAAAACAAACAGGUCGAACGGAGGAAGAUUGGUAGCCGGUUGGAUGUGGAGGUUGUUUGGCGGCGAAUGAAGCGUUGUCUCGCUAUCGGCUUUUGUCCGGUGCUUAUUCAAAGUUGUCCUGCGGUGUUCGGUACUUGUGAGUGCGGUGCGUUCAGGCCCCUGUUUGGAGGAUUCGCCUUCCGAGUAUGUUGCCGCUUUCUAACAUUUUAUCAGGGCUGUUGGAGCGCGUAGUCUACCCGCUGCGGUUUUGUGUUUUUCUCGACGUUGUUAACCGGUUAUAAUUCGACGUUUAAUGGUUUAAUUCACCGGUUGGCCGCCCCUGAAUUCAGCGAGACACUUUUAGACAUGCAUACGAGGCGUUUGGUGAAGCGGUCGAUCCUCGGCAGCCGCGUUUAUGCGCCGAGUCCGACGGGGGACGGUGCCCCGGUGACAGGAGUGGUCCAGGCUGUCAAGCAGGAAAACAGAGACGUCUCGGCCGUAGGAGCCCGGCGCAGCGUCUACACUGUGCUCAUGCAAGACGGGAGCCUCAAGGAGUUUUCCGAGGAGGAGAUAGCCACGGGGUCCAGCCACACUGCAGCCAAAGGACCGCUCAAGUCCAGCUUGAAGCAGAGCUCCAGUAACGGAGCUCCAGAGAGCCAUAAGGUGGAAGGCGGCUCCCUCAGCCCAGAGGCAGUGGAGGAGCAGCGGGUGGCGGACGGCAAGCGCCUUGGCUGGGACCCCGACACCAGAUCAGUGUCCCUGCUAGAGCAGAAACGCAAGGUGGUCUCCUCCAGCAUCGAUGUCCCUCAUGCCAGACGGUCAGAAGAGGAAGUUGACAUGGACAAGGUGACGGCUGCCAUGGUGCUGACGAGUCUCUCCACCAGUCCUCUGGUCAGGAGUCCACCCGUCAAAGUCAACGAAGGUCUGAGUGGUUCAUGGAAGGACAACGGCUCAGCUGGCCCCUUCACCCCAUCUAGCAACAGCUCCUCAGGGGGCUACUGGAGCUGGUCUGCCCCCAGUGACCAGUCCAACCCAUCUACACCUUCUCCACCGCUCUCAGCCGACAGCUUCAAGCCCUUCCGUGUGCCCAGUCUGGGCGGUGUGGGACCAGGCCCUGCAGGACCUGAGGACCCCAGCCUGGAUGAGCAGGACGGCAGCAGCCUGCUCUUUGAUGAGCCCAUCCCUCGCAAGCGCAAGAACUCCAUGAAGGUGAUGUUCAAGUGCCUGUGGAAGAACUGUGGCAAGGUGCUGAGUACCGCUGCUGGCAUUCAGAGACACAUCCGCACCAUCCACCUGGGGCGUAACUGCGACUCAGAUUGCAGUGACGGCGAGGAGGACUUCUACUACACGGAGAUCAAGCUCAACACGGAUUCCGUGGCCGACGGGUUGAGCAGCCUGUCCCCUGUGUCCCCGUCCGUCCUCUCUCCGCCUCCUCCUCCCCCCUCUCCUCUCCCGUCUCUCAGCCAGCUGGCGGACUCCCACAGACCUCCGCAGUCCUCUGACACCAAGGAGCCUCACGCUGGCGGCACCACCCCGCUCAGCCGCUCUGCGCCCAGCGCACUCUACCUCAUCCACACGGACCACGCCUACCAGGCCACGGCUCCAGUGUCCAUCCCGUCCAGCAGCAGUAACUCGACUGGCCCCGCCUCCACCAGCUUCACUCCCACCAACAGCUCCAGCUUUAGCAUCUCUUGGCAGUCGCCGCCUGUCACCUUCACUGGGACCACGGUGUCCCCCAGUAAAAGCCAGGGCUUCGGGGAACAGCGCUCCCAGACCAUCGCCGUCCUCUCGUCCCCUCCCAGAGCCACCACUGCCCUCAGUCGGAAAGUGCGCGGUGAAGGGAAGAAGUGCCGUAAGGUGUACGGGAUGGAGAACCGCGACAUGUGGUGCACCGCCUGCCGCUGGAAAAAAGCCUGCCAGAGAUUCACCGACUGAGCGUCGCCCCCACCAACUUCACAGUGCGCCACGCCAACGGGCACUGCUGCCUUUCGCCAGAGAAAGGGGGAGGGGCGUCAUUUUGCAUGCAUUUGGUUUUCUUCAACUCAAAAUCACAACUGUCUGUCAAGCUCUGGCUCCGCCCCUGUCAUCACCCCUCCCUCUCCUCAGCUCCACUGAACCAUUCCAGCUGUGGAGGGAACCAAAGGACAGCGGAGUCACCUUUUAAAUUGCCGUCCAGGAUUCCCAGUACUGCCUCACCAUUCCCACCAUUCCCAGUUUUGGGAAACCCCAGUGCAGCUAAACAGUGUAAAGAAAAAAUAGAUCUAAAUAUUUCUCCUGUUUUUUAUGUUGGGUUCAGUGUUGCAUCUUUCUAUGUUUUGUAAAGCUCUGGUUUUUAAAUGGAAAGUCUAGUCAAAGAAGGGGUCCGGAAAAAAGGCCAAAAGCUUUUUUUGUGUGUUUUGUCAAAAGAGAAAAAAAACCUUCACUUUUUUAUCCAAAAGAAGAACGGGCCUCUUUGCUGCAGUUUCUGAAGAACGUUAUGAGAAAAGCAUGGAGGUAAUGCUCGCAGUUUUUGUUCUUCCUUCAACGUGUCCAUCUCUUGUUUUAUUUCUGGAUGUUUCGAGGUGAUCUUUUUUCACCGACAUCACAGCCUCUCCCGGCUCUUCACCUGUUCUUCACUCCUGACAGCCCCGAGGGAAUGUACGGUGGCACCGGAGAGGGCAGGUAGAGAGAAAGUGAGGAAAAAAGACACACAAGGUGAAUGAUCAAUGCAAAAAAGAUACAAUUUGCAGUCAGGGAAAGCAGAUGGACCAUGCCGGUGAUUUACCACAUGAAAAAAGCAGCAUACACACAGAGGAAUUACCACGCAAUCAAAGCAGAAGACAGGAACUGUUUUCUAUGUCACUUUUUUACCCAGCUGAUUCAUUUUCUUUGUUUUAUCAGGGAUGUGAUUCUAAAGAAAGCAAAAACCAGCAGCUAAAACUUGGGGUUAUAUACUGUAUACUGCACAGUCUCAAUAGCUUCUCUCUUUCAUUACACAUGACAACUUUGCAACCAAAAACUUCUUUAUCUUAUUCUUUAUGUUUUUGGUUUUUGUUAAGGUGCCAUGUUUACUGUUGUUGAUGUAGAAUUUUUUUUCUCUCUCUCUUUCGGUGAAACCAAGACUGUUUACCUGCUAAAGAAAGUGUGUUAAAAGACCUUCCUGACAGCACUGGAAGCGUGAAGUCAGCAGCGCGCGAGGCCAUAAAACGAUAAACAUCUCUGACCACAUACAGAGAGACAGAUUGCCCUCCUCCUCAACUAACUUUUACACCUUCCCAAAGGAAACAAAAUAUCUUUAUGUUUACGUACGCCACACGGGCGCAUCUUGAUGAUCUGUUGAAAAGGAGGAGGGCUGAAAACUUAAAGCACUUUUGUGGUUUCUUCUAUUGAGUUGAAAAUGUUCCUAUCUUCCACUGGCCCUUUUCAUUUCCAACUUAUUAUAAAAGGAAACGAGCAAAGUUAAUAUUCCCCUAUUGAACCUUCAUUUGCUCCACGAGUUUUGGUAGAAUAAGGUCUAAGCACUUGAUUAGGUCACUCCUUCGUUGUUUAAUGUGCACUGCACACUUUAUACACUUGGCAACAUGCAAGCAAAGCUUAAGUCCUCGUGUCUGUCAUGUAACCUUGUUACUGCUGAGGUAAAAAUAUCUGAUUUGUCAUUUGAAUGUGUUCAUUUGAAUUCCAGCCUCCCUGUCGGCUCAAAGGCAGGAAACAAAAUCACAGAGGCCAAAUGGUUUACAGAUGUUCACUCUGUAUGAUAAAUGGACCAACUCUUUGUCACCCGGGGCUGCGCUCCACUUUAUUACAGCGUACUGAUAUUGAUAGAAGUGUCCUGCAAAUGUUUCUACCAACAGGCACGUUGUGGUUCUGUUUCUGCAUUUACUCUCUGCGUUAUAUGAAAUUUGCUUGAAUGCACGCUGAAAUCUUUGUUGGCAUUUCACACAGGAUUAGUAUUUUACCCCGGAAUUAUUCAAAACCAACACCAGCUUAUAAACUCACACGCUCAGCCAUUUAAAACACAGUACAGUACUUCUGCACCUGAAAAUCGUAGCUCUGUUAUGUUUGCUCAGCUGUUUCUGUCGAUAUCUAUUUUUUUUUUUUGUGUCUGUUUAUGUAUAUAUGUAAUUUGUGUACUUUUGCUAAGCUCCGUGUUUAUGGCCAGUUACCUCGGUCAUUACGUUUGCCACCUUAUGAACAAGACAGGUUCAUGUACGACAUUGGGUGAGGAAAUAAUGUACCGGUCAACCUGUCGGGCUACUGUUGUUUUGAAUAUAGGGAUAGCCUUAAAGUCACUCUUUAAAAAAAUCUUUGUGCUUCUUAUAUGUCAUUACAUCGAUGUUUCAGUAAGAAAUAUUUAGAUUAUCUCCAAACUGAUUUGCCAUUGUAUUAUGUGAACGCAUUAUUGUUUAAGAAAAGACAAAUCUAUAUAUAUGUAAAGAAAAAACAUGUUGGAGUUUAAAUUCAGAGCAAAAAAAAGACAUUGAUUUGGCUGUUUUUAUUUUUUUUCAUAUAUAUAUGAAUAUAUACUGUAUAUGGAUUUUGUUUUCAUGUUCUGCUGAAGGAUUUUUUUGUGGCUAACUGCAGGAGGGAGCCCAGGCAUAAUUCUCACAGCAAGCAAAGCUUGUUAUGCUCUUUUCAGUGAGUGUGACCCGCACGCUCCCGCCUGGAGCUCCUUCACGUCACGCUCCCCACUGCCGGCGCUGCUAAGCGGUCGAAAUCCACAGUUGAUUAAAACCUUUAUCUUUUUCCAGUUCUCGUCUCGUGGUGCCGCGCAGGCCCACUUGCAAUUAGUUUGAUUGACAUCUCGGUGUGUUUGCGCUCACGUGUUCGGUCACACGCUUCUAAGUAUGAACGUGAAGGAGCCCCGGGCAAAGUGUGCAGGCGGCCACUGAAGCACGGUGCUCUCUGAAUGGCAGCAUCUCCAGGCAGCUAAUUUUAAAAGAAGCUCUCUCCUGAUGCUGAUUAAGGUCAGCGUUGUGUCGACCAAAUGGCUAGUAGUAAGAUUUGGCCAAAAUAAGCUAAUGUCACCCUGGUUUAGGGAAGUUCUCAAAUGGAUAUUUGCUGCCAUAUUUCUCAAACCCAUCCAUCUCCUCAGUGAGGAACUCUGGAAUUUGUUUGUGGACUGUGGCCUGGCCUGCAUCGUUGUACUGAGAGCAUCUUGGUCCCAUUCACCGCCAAUGGCACAAAGAUGGCCUUAGCAUUAAGGGGCUUUUUUUAAAACCACCCAGCCCAGGUCUGUCUUCACAUACUGUGCACACUGGUGCUGUGGCCUCUCUCGGGGGAGAAAUGGAGGUGCUAUAUUCCCAUGCAGUGCUGUUGUCCUCUGAUAUUUACUCCAUUUUGUACACAAUGUUAUGCUGUAGAACAUGAAAAUAAAAACACCCUGCCUCAAGCCUACCAAGUGUCCGAACGCCAGUUAGUGAGUGGGUUGCCCCGAAACCUCUGUGCUCUCUUCUGCUUCCUCAUCAGCUCUGAUGGUUUUGUUUUGGUGACUAGUGCUCAUUGCUGUCUCCCCAGAAUUUCACUGAAUAUGAUUUUAGUAUAUUUUGUAUUAUGUUACUGUAAAAAAAUUCUCAUGUGCGAGUGUGGGAGUACUUUGUAUACCCCAAACAACAAUAAUAUUCAACACUCCAUUCUUGACCCUGGAAACAGCUGAACAUUUUCAGUUUAAGCUCCAUUUACUCGCUGGUUCUUCUUCAACCGUAUCACACAGUCUUCAUCAGCAGAUUGAGUCUUUAUCGGUUGUCAGAGUUAUAGAUAUUCAUCUUUACAUGUCUCUUUCAUUUCAUGAAGAAGCACUAAAUCUGAAUUCAGUCUCGUCAUGAAGACCAUGUGAUGCAGUUGAAAGCUCCAGAGGGAGUGGAUGAAUGCGCCCUGAGUUGAGUAGAACUUUCUAUGUUUUAAAUUGACCAUGACAAAUUAGCCUUUUACGGUCCAGUGUGUAGGAUUUAAAGGCAUCUAUUGGCAGGAAUAUCUAUUAUUCAUUAGUUUAUGAUUACCUGAAACUAAGAAUCAAAGUGUUUUCAUUCACUUAGAAUGAGCCCUUUAUAUCAACACAUGAGGCGGGUCCUUUGCCCCGGCAGGCCCUCAGGAAGUGUGCCAGGCUUUGAAGCCAAUUUAAAUAGUGUAAUUAAACCAUCACAUGAUGCCAUUGGGCCCAAAAUGACUUUUUCCCAUAGACAUAAAUUGUGAAAGAGCUGUCUUUAAAUCAGUGGAUGCAUUUUUUGAGUAUCACAAACCCCCUGAAAUGACUUGUUCUACCAUCAGGAUUUGAUCCAUUUGGUCCGAUAACAUUUGGAAAAUCUAGAAAAGCCAAAUGAAUGAAUCACUUUAUCCCCAUUCAAGAUAGCGGAGCGCUAAAUUGGAAUUAGCUGGCUUGGCUUGCGAAAGUGUCUAGGGCACCUGCUCUAUGUGCCGCACCGUGUUGAAGCAGUGCCGAUCAUCUGAGUAAUUUUACAUGCGACAUUUUACCUUUUUUGGCAUCGUCAUACACAGUUCUCUUAACACAGUCAUGUUGCACAGAGUUUGUCAUGUUGUUCUAAAGUAGUUCAGACUGGACAAACUAAACACUGACUUUAGUCACCCACUGUGAUCCUUUUACACGAUUGGCACACGGGAGAAGAUUCAGUUCUGCAACCUCACCACUAGAUGUCAACAAAUCCUCCAUGCUGGACCUUUAAGCGUGAUAUAAAAUCACCUGUAGCUCCAUUCUUCCUCAGAAGUGCAGAAAUUGUCAUUUUCACUAGACACCUAAUUCGUACCCACAUGUGAACAUGCUGUGCGACGUUUGGGAUAUUGGAUAAUUUCCUUCCUUUUGGGCGAAACUGACAGAAAACAAGGGAUCAUGAUUCUUAUAUGUUUUGCUCCCAAAUUGACACCAUAAUGAUGCCAAACACGCCAUGUGGCACUGUGCUCCUGAUCUGAUCAUCUUAUUCAUAUUAGAGCAGAAGUGAGCUCAAAGCCGAGCAACCUGGGGGGAGUAAGCAGCCAAACACGAGCUCGGCAAAACGGCCUGCCAUUAUAAACAUGUUCGCACAGCAGAAUUAAAACUGUGGUAUCAAAGAGCCACAAUAGGCGGUCGUGUUGCUCCAGUGAGAGUGAUAUGAAUACUUAUGAGGACUUUUUUUUUUUUUUUCUUCAAAUAGAGCGGCUGGUCUGGCUUUUGUUCCCUGGUGUGUUUACCCCCUCCGCUGCCGCCUAUUAAAGGGCUGAGCUUUCAGUCGUGAUUUAUAAGCUGAAUAAAACAAGAUAGCAUUAUUCUGCUUACAGAUGGUAUAAAAAUCAGUUCCUGUGAGUUACGACGGGCCCUUGAUGUGUAUGUCCACACACACACACACACACACACACACACACACACACACACACACACACAGACAUGUUAUGUCCAUGCACGGUUGUCCAGCAGUGAUGGCUUUGACAGCAGUUCAUAUGUUGACAGUUUUAUAAGCAUUCAUUGUUUAUGUACCUGAGAUCAAUAUUUCAUACAUGACAAGACUUGUUUGUGACAAGAGGCUGACACUUAUUACACCUUAUAUCAUCCAAGUAUAGGUCAAUAUAUGCUACAGUAUAUACAGAUUAUAAGCUGCAGUACAGUACAGUAUAUCUAAGCUACAGUAUCAGUGUGUGUCAGUAUAUUAUGUGACAUCCCAGACUUAAAUAAUACUCUAAAAAAAAAUCUGUUUUUAUUUGCACUGUCAGCUCCAGACGUUAAAGUUCGAGUUGAAGUCAGGAGGCCUCUUCAGCUCUGCGGCCACCCACUUCUAGCAGGCGAUAAAGCGUGUGAACAGAUGCCCACAGGCUUGUUAUCGGCCCCGUUGGCCUGCAGCUCCUGCACACACAGACCCUUCUGUGUCCUGCAGAAAUACCACCCAACAAUAGUGUGACGGCAGGUGGCACUCUGUGGAGUCACGUGGAAAUGUAAUUGGACUUGUGCAGUCGAGUACACCUGAGUAGUCAUAGCAUUGCCUCGUGUGAACCUGAGUGUAGAUAAAGUAGCAGCACGUCUUCAAAGUGUCCAGAUCCCACGGACUGUAGGGCUAGUUUCCAUGGCAACCAUGCUGACGGGCAGGUUUAUGCAUCUCUGCUCCUAUCCAGAGCCGGGUCCAGGGCAGUGGUGUUGUCAAUAAAAAGAGGAGGGACCCUCCAUUCUUCAUUCAUUCAGGAAUGUGAAGGAGGAGGAGGAGGGCUGAAAUGGCUUCUGCAAACACUCUGUGGCAGUUUUUGUCGGGGCUUCCCCUCAAAUGUUAAUGAUUUAUAAAGUCCGUAUGUGUUUCCAGGAGCUGCUCGCCCUGUUGUGGUUAUCUUCGGAGGAAUAUAGGAGUCCUGAAUGUGCCUUGAUGAGCGUAGAGUUUCUAGAGUGGACCUCACUAGUUGCCGUCUAGAAACUGUGUGUGGAGGUGUGUUGCUGUGAUAUGCAGGGCCACACAGCGACCAUGAUGGAAUGUCUCUAGUGCUGGCUAGUCUGAGUUCUGCUUUCUAUACCUAUAACUCAAAGAUUUGUGAUACAAAGAAACGUCCUGUGAGUUGUGUCGAGAGGCCCCUUUGGCCCCUGUGGAAAGAUGUUGCAAUGGUCUAAGAGUGACUUUUCUACUCUUUUUCUGUAACUAUUUUUUGAUCCAAACUUAUGACGAUAACUGUGUUUCAAUGUGUUUUGUCUGUUACUCCUCCCUUCUCUUUGCUUUCCCAAACAUGACUCCUCUCUCUCCCUUUUGUACAAGGGCUUGUGGAUAAAUGUGUGUCGAUGUGAAGAAUCGCUGUUGUGGUGCAAUCUAGAAAAUGUUUGGGAAAUCAAGGAAGCCUCAUUCCGCAAACGGCAUGUGAAACAGUCAGUGAGAUGAUCCGUUUUUAGCGCAGGAGCUGCUAAGUGAUUUCCACCAGGAACCUGCUUUAUGCGAAGGUGGGUGAAUGAUAAUGAGGCAGAUAGAGAUACGAGAAAUACUCUCAUCAGCCCUGAAUUCUAUUAUUGGGUGUGAUUAUUCAGAAUACUAAAAAGCCAAAAUGUUAAAAGGUAUUUCAGCUCCUUCAACUUAAAUAUGCAACACAGAGACCCGCCCUCACUUUAAACCGGAUCAUCUCAUUGGCUGUUUUAUCUGAUUACAAUCAUUUAGACCUCAAGAACUCAAUGACUGUCGCACUGGAUUUUUACACUUUUUUCAAACAGUAUAUAUACUACAUGCUCUGGUCUAACUGUAUUUUUAAUACUGCAUGUGCAUGCAAAUAAGAAAAUUAUGAGAUAGAUGACUUUAUAUAAAUGUGAUCUAUUUGUGCUUCGGCGUCCAUGACAGGGGUUGAGAGCAGCCGGAGUUGCUUCCGUUUAUUUCACCUGCACACUAUACUGUGCUUUUCAAAACUCAAGAUUGGUACCCCAAAAAAGAAAUGUGUGUGUCUCAUGUUUUCUAAUCAGUACAAGAGAGUUGAAAGUACCUGUGAUUCCCUGCUGGUGCAGACCAAUUUGUCACAGUCUGAGUGGAGCUCUCUCCAUCCUUGUUGUGUGUGUGCUAACAGUUAGCCAGGCCCAGGAGAGUCUAGCGGGGAUGCUUGUGGAAGACAGAUUGCUAGAGGAGGCUGUGCACUAAAGCCUACAUCUCACAGCGAGUGUUGCAGUGGUGGGAACGCUGCCAGCUGGAGUUAUGAAGAGGUCUGAAGUGCGAAGUCUCAGUUGUUUUAUCUCCACCUGCAUCCCCGACCCUCUGCUGAAAACACACAGGGAGCUUUAAAAGGAUUAUAUUUUCCAUCUGUGUGGAAUCAGAUGAGGCCAUAACCAUGCGGUACUUGUCAAACAAUAUGAAAUAUGUGUAAGGGUGUAUUGCUUACACCAUAUGCAGUAUGGUAACUACAAGCACUACGGUGUUCAAGACUUGAGUUGGCAUGCGGCUGCUCUCCACCCCGACAUGGCCUGCACAGUAGCCUAUGUUGCAUUUUAUAUCCUUUUGAAGCCUCUAAAUGUACAUGUUUGAUAUGUGUUUCCAGACUGUAAACUAAAUUGUAGAUGCAACACAUUGUCCUUCUCCAGAUCUGUUCAUGGACAGCGCAGUAGGUGACACAGCUGGUUGUAAAAUGUCAACACUAGAUAAUUUGUCGAACAUAAACAGGGGAGGUGGUUUUGGAGGUAUUUCUGUGCUUAGGUGAAGCUCAGGAUGUCAUUUCAUGAGCAGUGUCAGUUUGACUUUUGUUUCAAAGUAUUGAGAAAAUAUGGGGAAAUACGCUUAUUAGUUUACUUGCUGAGAGUUAGAUGAGAAGAUUGAUACCACUUUUAUGUCUGUGCAUUAAACACAGGUCCCCAGGAAUGCUGCCUAGCCUAGCUUCCAAUUUUUCCCAGUGGUCACUUGUGGUAUUGCAGCAAAGAAAAAAUCCCCUGUGCUCCAAAAAGCACUUACUCUUUACGGAGACGUCUGUAAAACUGUUGAAAGGACACUUCAAAAUGCAAACAAUGUUAAUUACGACUCUUUAUCGUAUUUUUUUUUUUUUUUUGUAAAACUUUCCUUGAGCUGAGAAAGCAUUUUAAAAAUCUGUGACAAUGCAAAGUCCAUGAGCUGAGUGACAAACACUACUGCUCAUGUAGAGUGCUCCACGGAUGAGGUUUUUCCUGUAGGCCGACAUAGAGAUUAGCAUCUUCCUGGUUCACACCACUUUGGAAAUGCAAUUGCUAGAGGUAAAAAGCUAACGUUAGGCUAUGGACAAACUACAUCACGGUUGCACGAACGAAGCUGUAAAGCUGUGUUCUUCCUGAUUACGAUCUGUAGUCUCAUUUAGCCUCUUUUUAGCAAGCACCUUUUUUAACACGUACAUAAAAGCUUCAGAAUUCAGAAGUGGAGUAGUUACUGACAUAUUUUAUGUCGUAGAAGAAAAACGUGAACGUCUCUUCAGCUUGUGUCAACCACAGACCUUACUUCAGGCAUCUAACCAAAAAGCCGUAAAAAGAAUAAUUGCUGACUUUAAGACGAGGGAACCCAGAGUGCUAAAAUGCUAACUCGUUGCUGGAGCGCUAUAUUCAGUGGGCCGACUACCUGGAAAGUAAACCAGGAAGCUAAAAACCGCUAUUGGACUGAACAGGCGCUAUCUUGGGGUUCAGUUACUAGUUGUUAUUAUACAUCUAUGGGAAAUAGGCUUCUUAAGUUAACUGUUGAGCGUUAGAGGAGAAGGUUGAUACCACUCUCAUGUUCGUGCAUUAAAAGUAUGAAACCACAGCCAGCGGCUAGUUAGCAUAAACAGUUAGCCUGGCCAUCAAAAUAUAUUAAAAUCUACAAACUAGCACCUUUAAAACUCACAAAUUAUAUCUUUGUAUAUAUCCAUACAAAAAUCUUAAUAUAAAAACAGCAAUUCGCUGUCAUGUGGUGGCUUGUGUGAAGCUAUUUCUUAGCUCUGAGAUGCUAGCCAUCUAGCAGCAACUCCAGGAAGUUACUAGUCGUGGUAGUGAAAUAGUCCAGCUCGUAAAAUGUUGCACACUUUAAUUAGUAAGCUGCAGAAGUUAACCUUUUAAUCACCUUUUAUCAGAAGCAGGCUGUUUCCCUGUUUCCCAUCUUUGUGCUAAGCUAACUAGCUGCUGGCUCCAGCUACAUAGGCCUAUUUGCUGUAGCCUACAGAUAUGAGCCUUUCAGUCUUUUUCCCCUAAGUACUGACUCAUUCCUAUGUUUUUAUGUGGCAUUUAGGUAAACAGGGAACACAUUUAAAACUGUUGACAGUGGCAUGAUAUCGCUAAAUUUGUUUUCCUCAGUCGGUAUCAUUUGCUUGAAAUGUCCAAACAACCCCUUUGGAGAAAGUUUCAUUUUGCUCAAGGUUGAUUGAGGAAUUAUUUACGACACCAGAGUGCUCAUAUCUCAAAGACCUUUAGCUCGAGUAAGAACACAAGUCUCCCAGAAGCGUCUCCUCACCUCUCUGCUUAUUUCAUACUGAUGUGGAGAUAAUAAGUCUGGGCGACAGUUUAAAACUGUCUGGAGGAGUCCCACAGGUGUACUUCUUCUGGGUCAUCAGAAGCAGUAUGUUUUCAUGAGCCUGGUGUCUCAUGACUGCAGGACGAAUGAGACAGCAUUUAUCAUUCUGCGCCGAAAGGGUUGACGCUGCCUGAUGUUUCUAAAUUUGCUUUUUCAACCCACCUUUCAACAUUCAUGUCAAUCAACAUCAUUUAUUAAUACGCAGCUAAAUAUCUCUGCAAACAUUUGUCGUCUGUGUUUUAAUUUUCAUAAAUACGUUUUGGGCAGGACGACUUUUACUGCACUCAUGCAUAAGCUGAUAAAACACACACACACACACACACACACACACACACACACAGAGGAACAAUAUGAGUGAAAGAGGUGUGAAAGCCAAGUGUGUUAGAUCAUGUCAUCAGGGCAAUAUGUGCCCAUGCUGCUCAACAUAUGUCCCUGUGGCUUCAGGUCUCAUCCUGUGAUGAUGUGAAGAGCUUGCUGUUUAUGUGAGGGAAGUGUGAGCAUAAAAGCUUACUGUGCGCUGUGUGUGUGUGUGUGUGUGUGUGUGUGCGCACCCCUACUCCCCGAUCGAGCCAUUCCUGUGGCCAUAAAUGCACACGUUUCAAUGUGCAAGCUGUCAUAUUUCAUGCAUUAUCAACUAGAAUAAUAAACCUCUCGCACCAACCAAAGCUUGUGUGCUUCAUGACUAUAAACACUGGCAUCUGCAGCACAUCGCCCUCCAACAGAUGACCAAAAUGAGAUGUGAGGCACCCACAGUUUAUGAUGCGAAACACAAGUUCACAUCCGGUUGAAGUCCACUGACAUUUUACAUGAUGCAGUAAUGUAGAGAUGCUUAGCCAGGCUGUAGACACAUGUUGUGCAUGUGUCUGUCUGCGCCGUCGAGCAGCAGGUCGAGGUGCAGAGGAAAUCGAGCUCACAGAGGAUGUUUGGUGUCUUAGUGGAGCGCGGGGAGCUGUUUAUGUGUACGCGUGUGUCCGAGUCAUUGAAUAAUUGAUGAGGGCGGUGAAAAACAGCCCACAUACACAGGCUCCAUCUGUGACCUCGGUUGAUAAGAAUCGUUGCCGUCCAUGAAAUCAGUAGCUUCCCCCCUCACUGUGAGGGCACAGGAGGUUCAAAGCAAGGGGGAGGGAGAGGAGGAAGAAAGAGACACAUAUGGAACAGUUUAAUACGAGCAAUAUAGCUCUUUACAUCUGUAAACUCGUGAUAAAGAGAGAUGUCUGCUGUUGCAACGGGAAGAUAUGGCUUUGAGAAAGCCAAAAUUAUACUCUGUCUGUUUGCACCUUGACCGACAUUCCUCUGAGCUACAGGUCACCAGGAGGAGAAAUAGGGACUGAUUAUGGAAAAAGACACAACUGUAUGAUCCCAGUUUUGUGUGGACAUUGUAGAAACAAAUGGAACCCUGCCCCUUUCAAAGAGCUCGAACUUUGAAUAGUUUGAAAUGUGUGGAUUAAACGGUUAUCCGCGCUUUUGCUGAGUUAGAUGAAAAGAUUCCACUCUAAUGUUGGACUUAAAAUAAGAACCUGUGGCUAUGAGACAGUUAGCUUAGCAGGUAGCCUGGCUCUGUCUGAAGGUAACAAAAUCUGUUUAUCAGCACCUUUAAACUGAACUAUGUUUUCCUUCCUGCAGUUAACAUGCAUCUACGUGUCCACAACAGGCCCCAGGAAGAGCGCUGAGCUUUGAAGCCAAUUUUCGUAGUGGCCAAACAGUGGUACUGCAAUUUACGGGGUUCUGCAGCCAAAAGACUUUUUCCCAUUGACUUACAUGGUGAAAGAGACGUCCGUAUAUCAGUAGAUAAAUUUGUUUAAGUGACAUCCCUGCAAAAUGAAUCGUUUCACUAUCAGUAUUUGAUUCGUUCGGUCUGAUAAUAUUUCGGAAGUCUAGAAGAGCUUCACAAUUAAUUUAAGUUAGCGGAAGUUAGCUGUUUGGCCAAUGAAUGGAAGACGUUUGGCUAUGCUUGGCUGCUCUAAGUCUCUGGUGCGCCAGCUCUAAGGACCACACAGUGUGGCAACAGUGCCAAUUAUCCCUGGAUCAUCUUUGUGAUUUUAUAGGCGGCAUUCGAACAAUUUUGGGUGCAUGCGCCACUAAGCAAGUGCGAGGGUCCACUUUGGUCUGUGUGACGUAAAUCUCAUCAUCCACUCAUGUCUGUGAGGGUUUGCACAGUGACUGCGCAUGCUCCAAUCUCUUGUUCCACACUCUGGUCCAGUCCAAACAAGCCAGCUGCAGCUGCACUGUGGUGAAGUUAGGUUUAGGUUGGAUAUUUGACAGACUCUCACUAGGGACUCAGCAGCAUCUUCUUAGUUUCAGGAGGAUGGUAAACUCUCCUCCCAGCCCUUCCAUUUACUGCCAGGGCCUGACGUGGGCCAUCUGUUGUACUAUGAAUACAACCGCAUGCACGUGACCGUAGCUGUCUAUGGACAUUCAAUGUGGAAAGUAUGUCCAAGCCUUGAGAGGAACUAGUAGGGUGGAGCCGGGCUAGCAGUUUUUAAUGUUUCCAGUCUCUCUGCUAAGCUAAGCUAACGGCUCACUGGUUGUGGCGCACAGAUGUGAGAGUGGUAUCAAUCCUCAUCUGACUCCUACCAAGAAGGGGAAUUAAAUGUUUUUCCCAAAACAUCAAAUAUUCCUUUAUACUGUACAUCAAAGUGCAUGUACAUGCUCACUGUCGGGGUGAUGGGAAGUCAUUUGGGACAAUUUCUGAAGUUUUUUUUUUUUUUUUUUUGCCUUCACACACACACACAAACUAAGCCAUGUUUGAACUGAAUGUUCUCUCUGCACAUUUAAAACAAGGCCUGCUUCAACACAUCACACACAUGGACAGUCGUCAGUGUCACACAUUCAGUCUGUAUAUGGGAUUCUUUAUUGUUGACACACAACACAAAGCACUUGCAAUAUGUAUCUGUUCUAUCACAAAUAUACUCUAUCGCACCAAUGAUGUUUUCUUAUAUUCUUUUUCACAAUAUAAUGAAAUGAAUUCUAUGAAUAUAUGAUGAUUUUUCCCAAAGAAGAAUCAAUCCACACUGACUGUUAACCUCUGUACAAGGUUUUUCUUUUCUUAUCUGAUCUCUGUGUGUAGAAACUGCCAUUGUUCUUGUUGUAAAUGGUGUUUUCUGACAAAAUUGCGUUCUGGUGCUGUUGUUGUUUGACUCGGUGUACAGUUUAGACCUUCUCCAGGGCGAUCUGUGUGACUUGGAAGACUCUGGAGGCAUUUGGUUGAAACUGAAUAAAGAUUUUUUGGCAGCUGUUUGUUAUCUGCUGUCACUGUGUCUUUAUUUCACGAGCUCACCUGGUAGAGCGGGUGUCCAGCCUACAUUUACUUGACCGCUAUAGUUACUAGUUACUUUUGAGACACAGAUUUUACACACUUAACACAUGAUCAGUUGAUAAAAUGAUGCAUUCUUUUGAUUGACACUACCCAACAGUAUAUAAAGCACUUUAAAGUAGCCUCACCUGCACACACUGCUUACACAUUAAUGCAUCAUUAAUGAUGAUCAUUCAUUAAGCCUACAUUAACAGGCGGCUACAGGAUAAUAGGUAAUUAUGCCGCAUAUGAGUGUUUUCACUUUUCAUAUUCCAAGUACAUUUUGCUCAUCAUACAAAAUUUCUCAUGUGCUUUUUUAGUAAAACAUCUGAGUCCCACUUCCUCUACCACUUCGUAAUACUUUCCAAAACAGUGACUGUUCUUUAUCAGAAUAUUAAGACAUUACCUCAUGAAGGAGAAAAACUUCAUCUCAGCCCAGUAAGGAUUUCAUUUACGCCUUAAUUCAGGUUGAAAAGAAAGAAUCUCCCUCAAAUAUUACACAAAAAUGAUUCAAGUAAUGGGACUGUUUGUAAUUGAUUACUUCCUAUAUUCACCUACACUAUUACUUUAUUUGAUGCACAUUACUACUUUUCAAUUUCUUGCCCAAUAUGUUCUCCACAUCGUGUUAAAUAUUAGUUUUCAAUACCAUGAUCUCUUGUCAGUGUAGCACAAUAUCAUUGAUCAGGUGCAGUCUACUUUGUUCCACCAUUUUAGUUCAUUUAUUAGUAACUCUUGUACUUAUCUUGCUUCUAUUGUUACUUUAGAAACUGAUUUUUGCUUCUGCUCCUUGAAAACACUUCUUAUCUUGUAUAUUUGAAUAUUUUGCCAGAUAUUUAAUACUCUACUGUUUUUAAAACUGGGCUUUGUGAGUGACCCUGACCUGGGGAAACCACCAGUUGUUGUGGUUGUUACUGGUUGUGAAUGUUAAUUGUUGUUACUGUAAUCUGAAGCAUUCUCUGGCACAAGAAUUUCCUUUGGAAUAAUUAAAGUUUUAUUGAAUUGAAUUCCUACCUUUGUCAAUAACCACGCAACAUCUUUUUCUACAUUACUUAAUGGAUCAACAAAGGCUCAAAUUCCCCACUGGACUCCAAGUGACAGACUUUUACAUAUUUUUAGUUACAUCUAAAUUUAUACUUCUCUUUUUGCCCCAGCUGUAAACAAGAUGGCAUUCCCCUGCAGGCUUUACUCACGCCUCUCUGAUUGUAGUGAUGACAUACAACAUUCAAGCCCUUGAAACAAAGUUCUCUAUGAACUCAUUCUUGAUCAAAUACGCAACAGGCAACCCCCGUCCUUUUGGAAAACCCCUCCAAAAAACUACACAACCAUGACUUUCUCAUGUCAGAUAACAGAAACUGUUUUAACUUCCUCUAAAGAUUUAUAUAGUGCUCAGUGAGAGGCAGUUUAGGAACAUUUUCUAACAGGUAUCCCCUCUUUAUCCUCCUCGAAGUGGGCUCAUGGAGAGACAGAUCUAUUUAUUUAUUAUUAUUAUUUAUUUCAGCUGUAGGUCAGUCCUCUCUCCAGUCUGAUGCAGUCUGGAUGUAGAAAAAUAAAGCCAUCAGGCGUUGCUCAUGUUCUUGGCUGCCCUCUUGUGUUCAGAUGAGGUACUGCAGCUGAAUUAGGUUUUGUUUUGUCCUCAAACAUAUUCUUUUUUUUUUUUUUUUUUUCACCUUCUGUGGGUUAAUCAAAUGUGUCCCCAUAUUAUACACACUGAUGUCACAUCUUUAAAGAGUGUUGUGUUGCAUUUGAGGAACUCCCCUUGCAGUCAAGUAAAUUCCCAUUUUCAGCUCCUCCUUACAUAGAACUCAGAACAAGGUAACUUCAGAGGUAUUUUUUUAAUUAGAUCAUGUCUUCACUCCAUGGUUCCAAUUAAAGAACAAACACAUCCUGUGUGUGUGUGUGUGUGUGUGUGUGUGUGUGUGUGUGUGUGUGUGUGUGUGUGU